CCCUUAACUCCUUCCUCGCCUGCUGUUUGUGUCCUAUCUCGCUGGAAGAUGGCGACCAGAGUCCUUCAGAGCUCCUGCUCAGGCCUUUAUCAGGCGAAGCAGGGACACCUUACCGCUGUUAUCAGGGGUCUGUCGGCGUCUAAUAACCGGAACCGAGAGGACAGCUGGUUCAAAUCACUGUUUGUGCGGAAGGUGGACCCCAGAAAAGACGCUCACUCCCAUCUGCUAGCCAAGAAAGAGGACAACAACUUAUAUAAAAUCCAGUUUCACAACGUGAAGCCCGAGUGUCUGGAGGCGUACAACUCUCUCUGUGCCGAGGUGCUGCCGUUCAUCCACAGCGACAGCACUUACCCGUGUGAGCUGGUGGGCACCUGGAACACCUGGUACGGAGAGCAGGACCAAGCUGGUAGGACAGCCUCGCAAACCCAGGAGCAUAGACCUUUCUCCUCGUAUCUGAUGACGUCUGCAGGUGGCGCUGUUCACACAGAAUCACAGGACUUCCUCGUGCUCACCUUAUGUUUGAAAAUGCAUUUACAUGUCGUGAAGGGACUUCCUGGAGCCAUCAGCUACCGACAGCACAACCGCGAGGCAGUCGGAGGCUUCUUCUCUCAGAUAGGAGACCUCUACAUGGUGCAUCAUCUCUGGGCAUAUAAGGACCUGCAGUCCAGAGAGGACACGAGGAACGCCGCCUGGCAGCACGAGGGCUGGGAUGAAGUGGUCUAUUACACCGUGCCGCUCAUCCAGCACAUGGAGUCCAGGAUAAUGAUCCCGCUCAAAGCGUCUCCGCUCCAGUAAUGCGUCACGCCACGUCCCCACGAGCACAACACCAGACGCUUUCACUGCCCUGAUUAACUCAUGAUGCCAACCAUCGUCAACACAACACACUCCUCCUGACCGCAGAAACUCUCGAAACGUUGCACCAGCAAACCAAACUGAAUUUGUAAGGUUUGAGGAGACAUAUCUGAAAUCUGCUGGUUACAUCAAUCUGUAAAAUAAAGUUGCGUUGGAAGAUGUAAAGGAUAUAAAAGAAAGUGCAUUGAAUCACCACAAGUCUUGAACCCUUUUUAGUUUGGUGGGCGAUACAUCUUUGAUUCAUCAUAUUUCAAAACAAACAGCAUCUAUGAAUGAAGUAUAAACACACAUUUACUGUUCUCCCUGCUGAGAAAGCACUGUAAAUGUGCUCGAGUGUUCAUGUAUUUAUUGCAUAUGUAUAAUCUGUAAAAAUAACCCCCACACGGAGGAUUUCAUGUUUGUGUAACACAGCAGAAUGCAUCCUACAUAUUCAGAUCAAACCUGUGAAAGCGGAGCUGGACGAGCCUCGUUGGGGACCGGUCGAGUGCAAAAUUACUUUGUUUUUUUUUUAGAAAUCAUUUUUAUUUAGUUGCUGCAUUUUUAUUCUGUUUCUACAUAGACGUGCUUUUUAAAUGCCUUUUUCCGUGUGUUGUGAAACGUCUGCAGUUUCUGGAUGAAGUGGCUCUCUGACAGACUGAGUUAGUUUUGUGUGUGAUCGCAGCGUGCUCAGUCGACUGUACACUGAUGCGACGGAGAGGUCUCACAUCAAUCCAAUACUGUAAUAAAUCAUAAAUCAUCA